AUGAGUCGCAUACUAUCACCUGCCUUGCGAACAGCCAUCGGUCCACGAUCAAGAGUCAGUACUCGGCCUGCACUUCUGCAACAUGGCUGCGCUGCAAAGCGUGCACUCGUGUCGGCGGCGGACUUGCGUUUCGGGCAGCCAUUGCACGAGACGCAUCCGCAUAUUAUCGCAGCUGGGGAUCUGACACCUGGUAUCUCUGCCCUAGAGUACCAUCACCGACGUGCAGCCCUAGCUAAGAAGCUGCCUCGCAAUAGUGUUGCCAUUGUGGCUGCAGCGGGUGUCAAGAUCAGGUCCGGCGCCGUCUUCUACGAAUACCGGCAGGAUUCCAACUUCUACUAUCUGACAGGGUUCAACGAGCCGGAAGCGGUAGCAGUCAUUGAAAAAGGGUCUUCCGAUGUUAUGUUCACCUUCCACCUCUUCGUCCGACCGAAAGACAGCAGAGCAGAGAAAUGGGACGGCGCGCGUUCGGGUGUACAGGCCGCGCAGGAUGUCUUCAAUGCAGAUGAGGGCAGAAGUGUCGACGAUGUUGAGAAAGUGCUUCCGAAACUUCUGAAUCCUGCAAGGAGCGUCUACACGGAUAUUGGCUACGGAAACCGCAAAGAAGGCGUCUUUGCGAGGUUCAUUGCCGGGUCUGAGCCGAAGGUUGAUGGCUUAGCGAAGCUGCUUACAAGCGCCACGGUGAAGUCAUUGCAGCCCAUCAUGAACGAGCUGCGCGUUAAUAAGUCAGACGCUGAGCUUAAAUGUAUGCGGAGAGCUAGCUCCAUAUCCGGCGCCGUCAUUACUGAAGCCAUGCGUAACCAAUACUCCAGCGAGAAGCAGCUUUGGACGGAUCUGAAUUACGGUUUCAAGACGCAAGGGCUUGAUGGUGAUGCUUAUGUACCGGUCAUUGCGGGCGGCAAGAAUGCUCUUAGCAUACACUAUGUUCGCAACGAUGCUCUGCUGAACACUGGCGAGCUGGUGCUUGUUGAUGCAGGUGGAGAGUAUGGCGGGUACAUCAGUGACAUCACACGGACGUGGCCCGUGAAUUCGCGCUUCACGGGUGCGCAGAGGGACAUGUACGAGAUGAUAUUGAAGGUCCAGAAAAGCUGUAUAAGCCUGUGUAGAGAAGACGCGAACAUGAGUCUGGACAAGCUACAUCGGGUCGCUGAGGACGGCUUACGGAACGGCCUUGGCGACCUUGGGUUUGAUAUGUCCGGCUACGCCCUGGAUACACUCUUUCCGCAUCACGUAGGCCACUACAUCGGCUUGGACGUGCAUGAUGCGCCUGGAUAUCCGCGCACGGACCUUUUGAAGGAGAACCAAUGCAUCACCAUCGAGCCUGGGAUAUAUGUACCGGACGAAAGUCGCUGGCCUGCGCACUUCCGUGGGUUAGGCAUCCGCAUUGAAGAUUCUGUGCGGGUAGGAAAAGAUCAGGUAGAGAUCCUGACGAACACCGCGGUGAAGGAUGUACAGGACAUUGAGGCACUACGUGGCUGA